UAUUCUUCUGUGCACUUUGGUUAGUUUGUUGUUGGGAUCCUUGAUCUUUUUAAUUUUAAUUGAAAGAAUUUUGUCUUAAUUUGCCAAUUAUUUAUUUGAGUGUGAAUUGGUGCUGGUUACGAAUUGAAUUGUCUAAAUGAAAACAUGGCAACAUUAGAGGAUAAAAUUUUAGGUAACAAACUGCAUAAUUAUUGCAGCAGCAGCGAAGAUGAAGACGAACUCGAUAAUUCUGAUACUGAAUCUAGUAAACAGCCACCUAAAUCUCAAGAAACACUUUCACAUCCUCCGGAAGUUGAUGCCUGGGAGGGAACCUCUACAAACACUGGUCCAAAGGGUGUUAUAAAAGACUGGCAACGUUAUAAACAACUAGAAAUUGAGAAGCGGGCAGAAGAUGAAAGAGAAAAAAUUGAACUUUUACAAAAAUUAACACUAACUGUUCAAUCAGCCUUAGAUGAAGAGAGGGAAAAGGCAGCAUUAGUGGAUCCUGAUAUAGCAGAGCUAAUGGAUGAUGCGUUCUUGUUAGAUUAUCAAAAACAUCGUAUGGAGGAAAUGUUAGAACAAGUAAAUCACAAAAUAAAAUUUGGACAUGUUAUUUCACUGUCAACUGGCCAAGAUUUUCUUGAUGCCAUCGAUAAAGAAAACAAAUCUGUCAAAGUAAUUGUUCAUAUUUAUGAAAAUAAUGUGGAUUCUUGUCGAGUUAUGAACAAUUGUUUGGCCAAACUGUGCAAGAUGUACCCUAAUGUUAAGUUUUGUUCCAUAGUAAGUUCAAAAGCAGGAAUGACCAGUAAAUUCAAAUCUGAUGGUGUUCCUGCACUACUUGUGUAUAAAGCAGGAAAUCUCAUUGGGAAUUUUGUGAAACUUGCUGAUGAACUUGGUAGUGAGUUUUCAACUGAAGAGGUACAAGAUUUUUUAGUUGAACAUGGUAUGUUAGAAGAUAAAUCUUGUAAACCAAUCAUUGUUAGAUCUCAUUCUGAUUCAGAAGAUAGUGAAUGAGUAUCUGUAAUUAUUUGUCCAAGAUUUUAAUAUUCAUGCCAAUUCUUCAUCAUUGUGAUCCCCAAACAACUUUUUUUUAAUAUAAGUUGAAUAACAUAUAAUAAAAUGCUAUAACUGUUUGACAAUAUUAUGUAAUUUUUACAUGCAUGGUAUCAUAAAAAAAAAAUUUUUGUUAAGAAAGAGAAAGAAAAGUUUGAAUUUUAUUCAGCAGGAAUAUUGUCACACAUCCUCUUAGUUCUCU